GAAAACAUCAUAUCAUCGAAAAGAAGAGAAGAGAAAGAGAGAAAAGGAAGAAGCAACGUCGUAAUAGAAUUCACAAACAAGAAUUCACCAAUCAACCCAUAACCUACAAAAGCCCUCCGUCCCACCUUCCCUUACUUCACGAUUCUCUCUCACUUCCUUCUACUUCCUUUGAACAUAACCAUAAACAUUAAUAACAUUACGAUACUUCCAUCUCCGUACGAACCAUCCCUUCUACAACAAUCAACAAACACUCUCAAUCUCAAUCAACUCUAUACAUAUAACAAUGGCUCAACGAAGUUCCCGCGCUCCUCUCUAUAUCGGUCUUGCCGCCGCCGGUGGCGUAGGUUAUUAUUUGUACAGCGCCGGUGGAAGUCCCAAGGUUGCCGAGAAGCAAUUUGAAAGUGACCUCUCUCGUGCUUCCGCAAAAGUAAAGUCCGAGAUCCCAGGCCGCAGCACACAAGCUCAAAAGGAAGCCGAGAAAUGGGGUUCCGAAGCGGGUGCUAAGCUUGAUUCUGCCGCCAGCCAAGCCCGCGCCGAACUCGCCAAAGCCGAAGGAAAAUUCGAGCAAUACAAGAACGACGCUGCCCAAACCACCAUGAAGAAAAUCGACGAGGUAGACCGCAAAGUCGAGGCCGAAGCCGCCAAGGCAAAGAGUGGUAUUUCCAGCUGGUUUGGCGGGAAAUAAAUGUCUCAAAUACUGUUUCCACAUAAACGAGAUGUUUACACUCGCAUAGGAGCUGAGACAUGUGCAAAAUAUCAAAUUGUGAUGUCAUUAAUGGGUAAUGAUGAUGUGGCUUCGAACGUAUCAGGCGAGAGAUAGUCACUUGUUUUUUUAUGGCGGAUACGGUUGCAUGGUUUUGGAAUGGGACUUCUAUGGAGAAAAGGGUCUUUUCUUCGCAAGUUAGUUAAUGAUGCCCGCAUGAUGAUGGGAGUUGUAUGAUAAUGAUAAAUCACCUUUCAAUCCA